UGGAGACAUGUGCGCCCUGCACUAUCCCCUGAUGCUUCUGACGAUGCUUCUUCUGCACAAGCAUGGUUGUUAUGCUGAAAAGAUCAUUAAUGGGAGGAAUGUAGCAGUUGAAGACAUGCAGUACAUGGCAUCAGUGCAGAACAAUGAGAAGCAUGUCUGUGGAGGCUUUGUCAUAAAGCCCAACUUUGUACUGACUGCAGCACACUGCAGAAAAUGCCUAACAGGCAAAGUUAGUGUUGUUCUUGGGGCACACAACAUCCAUAAACCAGAGAAAAGAAAGCGAUAUUAUAUUGGAAAACAAAACAAAAUCACCCACGUUAACUAUACAAGAACCAAAACUGGAAAUGACAUCAUGCUGUUGAAGCUGUCAAGGAAAAUUGGCAAAGAUGUGAAAACAGUGAACAUCCCAUCAUCUGAUGAGAUGAAGAUGAAAAAUGGCACAAACUGCUUGGUCGCUGGUUGGGGUAAAACAAGUAAGAAUAAUGCCACAAAUCGGCUCCAGGAGGCCGAUGUCCAAGUCGUCGAUUUCCAAGAGUGCCAGGCAGAAUGGAAUCAGAACAGCAUCAAUCAGACACUUCCUAAAAAUGUGAUGUGUGCCAAAGGGUUCAGAAGGAGUGGUCCAAGUUCGACAGACUCGGGAGGUCCAUUGGUGUGCAACGGCCUGGCUGUGGGUAUAGUGUCAUUCAACCUGAAUGCUGAAAGCUAUCAAGAGAUCAUUCCUGCUGUUUAUACUCAAAUCUCAAAGUUCCUGCCAUGGAUCAAAAGCAAAAUUGGUUCCAGUUUUGAUUUGCAAGAUUCUUAUUUUGAGUCAAAUGCACAUGCAGCCUUGUCAGGAGAUGAAAUCAUCAAUGGGAAGAAAGCCAAAGAUGGUUCCUUGGAAUACAUGGCAUCAGUGCAGAUUGAUGGCACCCAUAGGUGUGGAGGAUUCCUCAUUGACCCCAACUUCGUUCUUACGGCUGCACACUGUGACUUCAGUGGUGAGAUGACUGUUGUCCUUGGCACACAUGGCAUUAAGGGAAAUGUUAAAAAACACAAGGUGGACACCAAGAUUAAGCAUGGAUCAUACAAAAGCUCCUUGACUGGAAACGACAUAAUGCUAUUAAAGUUAGUCAAACAGGUGAAAUUAGGCAAAGGGGUGAAAGUAGUUAAUAUCCCAAGAAACGACAAACCAGUUCAGCAACCCACAAAGUGCUCAGUUGCUGGUUGGGGUUCCACUGCAAACAGCAACAAGAAGGCAUCAGAGGAUCUGCAGGUUGUAAACGUUACGACCAUUGACACAGAGGAAUGCAAAAACGUGUGGAAGGAAGCAAAGGUGACUCUGCCAGCCAAGGUCAUGUGUGCUGGAGGAUAUGAAACCAAGAAAGGGGCCUGCCAGGGUGAUUCAGGGGGACCACUGGUGUGUGACAAUGUGGCAGUUGGCAUUGUUUCAUUCAACCUCAGGCAAGACUGUAACUAUCCUAAUGUUCCCAAUGUCUACACACAGAUCUCAAAAUUCUUGCCCUGGAUUAAUGAAACCAUCAAAGUCCAUUCUUGAAGGUAUAGAUCCAGACUUCUGACAAAAAGUUGUUUGAUAUUUAAACUCAACAGGCAGUUAAAUUACAACACCCCUCCUGACAUCCCUUCUGUGCUCCUGACAUUUCUUAGAUAGAUAGAUAGAUACUUUAUUGAUCCCCAGGGGAAAUUAUAGUAGUUUAUAUAGUUCUUAUAGUAGUAGUUUCUUAUAGUAGAUAAUGCACUGAUUACAUUUGUUAUUAGAGGUGUCACGCAUCUCACUAAAUACUCCAUCUCUCUGGGCAUUCAACUAUUCACAAAUAUGUCAAAUGAUGUAAAAAGUAAAAUCACCAUGAGUGAAAGUUUCUUGCACUUCCAAUAAAAUCCUUAUGCCUAAAA